CUCCCCCCGCUCUCUCCCCGCUCUCCCCAGGGAUGUCAGUCCUCAGUGACAGUACGCCGGCUCAUGAGAAGCCACGGCCACCUGGUGACACUCACGCCCUCACAGCGUGCAGCAGCGUGGAGGAAGAACCAGGAGGGGUAUAAAGAGAGGAAGAUGUACAGCGUUUACGGGAGAGUCGUUGUUUACUGUCUGCUGAUGCCUUCUUUGAUUCCCCGUGCCUUAUAAGUGGACUCCACCGGUGUUAACAGAAAUGGGACAUCUGAUGAAGAAGAAUGUUGUUUUGCUGUUGCUUCUUCUUAUCUUGGGAAUCUACUUCAUUAGCCAUUCUGCCCUCCUCACUCAGGGCCCAUCAAGGUCACAUAAACUGAUUCCAAAUGAGUUAAGUUGGCAAGCAGAGAGGUUGGUCAAUAAAGAAGCCUGGGUCGAACAGAGAGGUUACCUGCCUCUCAAUGUGUCCUAUCAGCUGCUUGCUGGAGCACCAUCCACUCAACAAAGGUAUUUAACAGUUGGAUUAUCAUCGGUGAAGAGGAACAAGGGCAGCUAUUUAAUCCCCACCUUGCAGUCGCUCUUCUCCCAGUCUUCUCCUGAAGAGCGUUAUUCCAUGGUGGUGGUAGUGCUGCUGGCAGACUUUGACGUCAGCUGGAGAAUCAUAACAGUAAGGGAGAUCAAAACUGCAUUUGCCUCUGAGCUGGAACAAGGCCAGCUGGUGGUGAUACAUGUUCCUCAGCAGUGGUACCCUCCUAUUACAGGUCUAAAGAGGAACUACAAUGACGCACCAGAAAGAGUAACGUUCCGGUCCAAGCAGAACCUGGAUUACGCCUUUCUGAUCCACUAUAGUGCUGGUCUUAGUAGAUACUACCUCCAGCUGGAGGACGACAUCUCCUCUGCUAAGAACUUCCUUACAACAAUCAAGAGGCGUGUUGAGGAACAAGAGGUGAAGAAGGCCACCUGGGCAAUGCUGGAAUUCUCCAACCUGGGCUACAUAGGGAAACUCUACAAAGCAGCCCAUAUUCCUCUCCUGGCCCGCUUCCUCUUCCUCUUCUAUCAGGAAAUGCCCUGCGACUGGUUGAUGUCUCACUUCCGAGUGCUGCUGACUCAGAAAGAGUUAAUCCUCUUCAAACCCUCACUGUUCCAACACAUGGGCACUUUCUCCUCGUUCAAAGGGACAUACAACCAUCUAAAGGACAAGGACUUUGAGGAGGGGUUCUACACCAAUCCUUCAGCUGAGGUCUACUCUGAUAUGUCCAACUACCAGAAACACUUCCCCAAACUGGCCUGGGAUGCAGGGGAGGGAUUCUUCUGGGGACGCUCCCCAGAAAAGGGAAAUUACCUGACUGUGGUGUUCAAAGACCCUGUAGUAGUGACAGGGAUAUUUGUAGAAACAGGGUCAGGGGGCAAAGACCUCCUGGAGUCAGCUCAGGUGGAGAUAGGCCAUGAAGUGGUUACUACCGAGAAAGUGGAGAAGAGUUGCAAAGAGUUCCAGUCAGUGGGGACCUUAGAGAAUGGGAGGUUUGAAAUGCAGGACAUGGACAAAAAGUAUAGCACUGCCUCUUCCUGUCUGAGGAUACAAGUCACAGCUGGGCAGAAAGAUUGGUUGAUCAUUAAGAAAAUCAGGGUCUCAACAAAACUGAGUACACCUCCACAUCAAGCAAAGGAGUAAACUCAGUCUCUCAGGAUCUUUUGUGCUUUUUUAGGAUUGUUGCGGUCUAAAAUGCCUCAUCUCACAGCAGCGUUACAAAACAAAUAGCAAUGCCUGUUGCAAUGUUGUGAGAACUAUUAUUUUUGUAUAUUUUUUAAAAAAUCGAAAGAAUAAAACCACACUGUUUGGACAGGGUAAAUGGGACACGUUUGUGCCCAGGAAACUACAAUGCUUGGCCAAAUUUACAAGGUUGCCCAGAAUUCACAGGGAUUGGUUGAAUUUGCGUUAAUUGCACUUUGUGGAGGGACUGUCAAAUUGUUCUUCCUGCCAGAUUAAUCAUUUCUCUUGGUUUGAUCUGCUGGACCUUUAUUAAAGGCUGAACAUGUGACCUGUGUGCCUUGUUGAACAGUUUCUCUGAUUGAAACAAUAAUCCAGUGCUUAAAGUUACUACAAGGAACUUUUAUUUUGUGUUGAUUUUGAAAUCAACAAAAAGCGGUAGCGUUUCCGCUGCCCUGUGUCAUAAAGAUCUUUGUCAUACAGAUCUUUGUCUGCGUGUGCAUUUUUGAAAAUGGGUCAAAGAAAGAAAACUUAUUUAUGAUACUAUUUUUCAUUUUUAAACAGCUGUUUGCAACAUGCACAGCAAUGAAGUAAGCCUAAAAGAUGAAUAACUAAUAUGUUGAUAUGUUGUUAAACAAAGUAAACUCCUAGAUUCGGUUGCUCGGUCAUAGUCAUUUUGUUGAGAAAGCUAAAAUGAUCAAGAUUUCCGUGUAAUGUCAUGUCUUCAAAAUAAAAAGCUAUCAGCACAGGAAUUGGACCCGGUAAAAGGCAUUAGAGGUUUUAUAUGUAACUUUCAUGAAACUGUUAAAUAGUGACACCAGUUGGUGUUAAGUGAACUGUAGUCAGCGUCCUGUUGCCCACACUUCGUCCACAGUCCGUAGGCGCGAGUGAGCAUCUUCCUGGGCAUCAGCCAAAAGUGAUAUACACCAGACUGAAAGCUGUAAAAUAAAUGACAAUCCUAUUUAGAAUAAUGUAAAUAUCUGCAAUGUUCCCAUAUUUUAUUUGGACCAUUGACUCUACUACUACGCUACUAACUAGCUUGCUGUUUACAAAUCACCUCAACAGCCAACCCCACGAAGCAACCAACCGCAGACCCACACCGUGCAGCCAACCACCGCUUAUCUUAGGCUAACUUACAGCUCGUUGAAUUCCCCUGCCGUGCAUCACUUUUUAGUCGCUGGUAGCAAUAGUUACCUUCGUACCGUUAUUAUUUAUUGUUGGCUAAAAUCAACACUGUUUGGCAUAAUACAUAAGUUCAUUGAAAUCAUGGAUCAUGUUAGCCGGGGAAGAAAUUUUGCAAGCUAAUGUUAGCCUACCAAAAUAUCCACUCAAAUAGUAUUUUGCUAGCGUUAUCGUUAGCGAGCAAGCCAACCACGCUGAGUAACAUUAUUAUUAUUAUUAUUAUUAUUAACCGGGAGUCUGGAUGAAGCUAGCUGACAGUAUUUUGUUACAUUGGCUAGACAGUCAUUUGCUCGUGUUAGCUUUGAAGUAACAAUAGCUAUGACUUUUGACUUGUUGUGGUGUGGUUAGCGGACAAAAUGUAUAAGCUAAUUUUAGCUGUCGCUUUGGAUCCUUUGGAUUUUCACAGAAAUGCCUAACAAUCAGUCCACAUGCAACUGAGAAAGUUGGGGAAAGUCUAAUUUUUUUAUGUUACAAGCCCUUCCACACAUUGGCAAUAAAAAGUGAUUCAUAAAUAAAAAUCAUUCCUAUAUAAGCUUCAGAAUCUCAUUUGCUUCUAAUGCUCCUGUAGAGGCAUCAGAAUUACAUUGAGACAGUUUAAUAAAAUCAUUGUAGUAACUUUAAUGAAACUGUGUGAAGCUACUGUCAAUAUGAAGAAAGAAGAUAUGAAGAAUGUUUGAUCAUGCUCUGUGAUAAUUUGUGUCUCUUCAACAUAUUAAAUAACAGUUUUGCAAUAAGUUUAAAUCAGCUACAGUAUAACCAAACAACGUGUUAUGUAUUUUUUAUGCACCUCAAUAAAUGCACUAUGUAUCAGACACACACAA